GUUUACCACCCGGAAAUACAGAUUGUUGUUUUCUUCCUGUCAAGAGGAACCCUCACGGUCAGGAAUGACAGGACUGCAGGACAGGAAUUCGCUUGUCUCUUGAAAGAAAUGGAUUUGGAAAGUGAGGACAACCACAAAAAGAUUGUUGGAGGUUCUGGUUCAGGAACUGGUGUCGACCCACUGACCCCAGUAUUGCGCAUCAGCCAGCUGGAUGCCCUUGAGCUAGACUCAGCCCUCGAGCAGCUGGUAUGGACCCAGUUCUCCCAGUGCUUCCAGAACUGCCGCCCGGGCUUGCUCACCCCAGUGGAGCCAGAACUGAGGGCUCUGCUCCAACUGCUCCUGUGGAGGUUUACACUGUAUUCCAGCAGCACCACAGUGGGCCAGUCUUUACUGAGCCUGCGCUACCACAACACCCUUUCCUCAUCGCCCCAUUACAAACCUCUGUCCCGCAGGCAGAAGUUGAGUCUAGCUCUGCUCACAGCAGGUCCCCAUUGGCUUCAGGAGCGUUCCCACAGUCUGCUGCUUUGCUUAGGUUUGAGUUCGGGAGGUCCUGUGUCUCAAAUUGAUAGUGGGUUUCUCCAAAAGGGUCUCCGCAAUUGUCUGACACUCGUUUCUAGUAUCGCCCAGCUCGCAAGCCUCGUCAACUUCCUCGUGUUCCUCAGGAAAGGUCAUCACCCUGUCCUGGCUGAAAGGAUCGUGGGAGCUCGGGUGGUUUUCAGCAAGCCCAAUGUGAUCCGGGACAUAACCUACCAGUACAUGAACCGCGAGCUGCUGUGGCACGGCUUUGCUGAGUUCCUCAUCUUCCUGUUACCACUGAUCAAUACGAGGAAACUGAAGUCAACGGUGUGUUCGAUUCUGCUUGGGGGAGAAAGUGCAGGUGGGGAUGGCGGGAGGGAUGGGCAAGGGGUGUGGAAAGAGUGCGGGCUGUGUGGAGAGUGGCCAACCAUGCCUCAUAUGGUGGGCUGCCAGCAUGUUUUCUGCUACUACUGUAUCAAAAGUCACAGCAUUGCAAACGCUUACAUCACCUGUCCCAAGUGUGGCGCAGAGGCGGGGCAGCUGGAGCCGGUCAAGAUGGAGAUCGAGAUGGUCGGCAGGUCAUGAUUUUGUCCAGCUAUGUUGGAAGUAGUCAUGACUGAUGGCAGGUACUUGCUAAAAUGAAAAUGGUGGUUCAUAUUUUUAUAGCUGUACAAGCUGUGAAAUACAGCACACAUAUGCAGUGAAAAGAUUCACAACUCACCACCUUUUGUAUGAACAUCUAAAUGUAUCUAGGAGUUAACCAUGUUUUGAUUUUAAAAAUCUAUAAAAUCUUUUUCUAAAAAUAUUAAUUUUAAUAUUCUAUCAUAUUCUAAAAUGUAUCAUGGAAACAGAAAUGUAAUACCAUCACUGUUCUGUGGGCAGCCCUCCUUUUGAAAGAUUCACAAGGUGUAUGAGUUUAUGACUGGACUUCAGUCUUUAUGAUGUCUACGUCUUUUCUGAACACACAUCGACCUGCUAUGUUUAAUGUAUGUGUGCAUAUAUUGACAAUCCUCUGCCCCUUCCGUUUCUCCAGCUGGACUUUAGACAGAACUAUUUGUCUUUGGUGCACUGGACAGACUACAGAGAACCACACAGAGCAUAUAUUUGAUGAGCGAACGUGUUGAUUUAUGCUCCAAAUUGGCUUUCUGUUAGAGUGUGUGUAUGUGUGUGUUUGUUGAAAUGGGAAUAUUUGUUCUGAUGAAAAAUGCAGAAAGUCAGCUGAAUAAAUAAUGGGAGGAAUUUCUGUAGCCUCUCAUCAUGGCCAAAUUA